UCAUUUAGAUGAACUUUAUUAAGAUCUAAUCCUUUUGGAUCUGAUAAAUAUACAAAUUCAAUUUAGUUACUAUUGAUGCGUAAAAAUAUCGAAUGGGGUUUCCAAAAUUUUUACCCUCGAAAUGAUUUCGGUUACCUUAUUGUCUACGAACAUUAAUGAGCCGAGGACACUGCAAGUUACAACGUCACCCUUCUGGAAUCUAGUCCUUCGGUUUCCUGAUUACAGGUUCUUUACUUCUUUAUUCUAUCUCAGAAGCCUUCAUCUCUACCUUUCGUGGUUUCAAUUUCCGUCUGCAUAGCGUUAGGAGUGUAUAUUGUAGGGAUGCACACCAUAUGUUCACCAAAUUGACUCAAAGAGCUUGAGAAUGAGCUUCACAUGAUACUUUGUACCCUCGAAAAGAAAAGCUAAACUGUACAAUCUGCACAUUGGGAGAAGAUUUUCUGAAGUGUUGUAUUAAAAUGGGGACUGGUUGGUAUCUGAAGAGCUUCAAAGAUGGAAGCUUUAGCAUUUAUGCUAAACUGUACAAUCUGCACAUUGGGAGAAGAUUUUCUCUAUGGUCAAUGAAGAAAGACCCAGAGCUUGAAUCUGCAUUAUCUCGAAACCGUCGAUGGAUAGUGAAUAACCAGAUAAAGAACAUAAUUCUGAGAUGUCCUAACCAGGUUGCUUCAGUUAAGUUCCUGCAGAAGAAGUUCAAGACUCUGGAUCUUCAGGGAAAUGCCAUGAAUUGGCUCAAGAAGUAUCCCUGUUGCUUUGAAGUGUUUCUGGAGAACAACGAAUACUAUUGCCAGAUGACGAAGAGAAUGAUGUUUUUGGUUGAUGAGGAAGAAUCUGUGAAGGAUAUGCAGGAACCAGUGUUUGCUGAGAGACUAGCUAAGUUGUUAAUGAUGAGCCGUGACCAGAGACUGAAUGUCAUGAAGCUCAACGAAUUGAAGAGGAACUUUGGGUUUCCUGAUGAUUAUUUACUCAGAAUUGUACCCAAGUAUGAUCAAGUUUUUCGAGUUGUUAAUCACACAGGGAGGCGGAGUUCAAUGGAGAUUGAACUCACGUCGUGGAACCCUGACUUAGCUGUCUCUUCUGUUGAAAGAGUAGCGGGGAAGGAGGGUCACGAGCCACGCUUUUCAUGCUCGUUGCCAGCAAGUUGGGUGAAAUCACGGGAAAGGUUUCAAGAAUUUAACUCCACACCUUACAUUUCACCUUACUUGGACCCUAAAGGUUUAGUGGAAGGAUCAAUGGAGAUGGAUAAGAGAACAGUGGGGCUAGUGCAUGAAUUACUGUCAUUAACCUUGUGGAAGAAAGCAUCAAUUGUCAAGUUAGGCCAUUUCAGAAGAGAGUUCUGUUUGCCUGAGAAACUAAACAUCCUGUUGCUCAAGCAUCCCGCCAUUUUCUAUGUUUCGAACAGGUACCAGAUAUACACCGUUCUCCUCAGAGAAGCGUACGAUGGAUCUGAGCUCGUUGACAAGGAUCCUCUUGUUGUUGUGAAGGAGAAAUUUGGAGAACUAAUGCAAGAGGGCCUGCAUGAGUACAACCGGCGACACCAUUUGCUAAAUUUAGAGAAGAAGAGGAAGAGGGGCAUUGUAGCAGUAGAACCAGGGAAAAGAGGGAACCAAAAUGGUGAAGUUUCAGAGCAGGAUGAUCAAGGUGGAGGAGAUCUUGGUGGCAUAUUUGACCCAGAAGAAAGGAAACGAUUCUAUAGAGUUAUCUUUGAUGACAGUGCCCCAUAAGCUUUAGUGCAGAAGAUCCUAUGCUCAAUGCUUUCAAUGGAUGUACCACAUGUUCAGUUCCCCAUUACAAGGUACUUUUUUGUUGAGUACUGUUACAAUAUAGUAUCUGUUCAUAACUAUAUCUGUUCAUAACUACUUUCUCAACCUAUUGAAAUACAAAGAGUCAUGACCUGGUACUUUGUAACCCAUGAAAAAUAAAAAUUUCAGGUUCAAUCAUUAACUUUUG